AUGGCCGAGCCGGACCCCUCUGACCCUCUGGAGACCCAGAAAGGGAAGGUGCAGGAAGCUCAGGACACAGACUCGGAUUCAGACACUGAGGGUGGAGCCACCAGUGGAGGAGAAGCUGAGAUGGACUUCCUGCGGAACUUAUUCUCCCAGACACUGGGCCUGGGCACCCAGAAGGAGCAGCUGCUAGAUGAGCUGACCCUGGAAGGUGUAACCCGCUACAUGCAGAGCGAGCGCUGCCGCAGGAUCAUCUGUUUGGUGGGAGCUGGAAUCUCCACAUCUGCGGGCAUCCCCGACUUCCGCUCCCCAUCCACCGGCCUCUAUGCCAAUCUGGAGAAGUACCAUCUACCCUACCCUGAGGCCAUUUUUGAGAUUGGCUACUUCAAGAAACAUCCAGAGCCCUUCUUUGCCCUGGCCAAGGAGCUCUAUCCUGGGCAGUUUAAGCCCACCGUCUGCCACUACUUCAUCCGCCUGUUGAAGGAGAAAGGACUGUUACUUCGCUGCUACACCCAGAACAUAGACACCCUGGAGCGAGUGGCCGGGCUGGAGCCGGAGGACCUGGUGGAGGCCCAUGGCACCUUCUACACAUCGCACUGUGUCAGCCCCCUCUGCCGGCAGGCAUACACGCUAAGCUGGAUGAAAGAGAAGAUCUUCUCCGAUGCGGUUCCCAAGUGUGAGAAGUGUCAGAGCGUGGUGAAGCCUGACAUUGUGUUCUUUGGUGAGAACCUCCCAGCACGUUUCUUCUCCUGCAUUCAGUCAGACUUCCUGAAGGUGGACCUCCUCAUCAUCAUGGGCACCUCCUUGCAGGUGCAGCCCUUUGCAUCCCUCAUCAGCAAGGCACCCCUCUCUACCCCACGCCUGCUCAUCAACAAGGAGAAGACCGGCCAGACUGACCCCUUUCUGGGCAUGAUGAUGGGCCUUGGAGGAGGCAUGGACUUCGACUCCAAGAAGGCCUACAGGGAUGUGGCGUGGCUGGGUGACUGUGACCAGGGCUGCCUGGCCCUUGCUGAUCUCCUUGGAUGGAAGAAGGAGCUGGAGGAUCUCGUCCGGAAGGAGCAUGCCACCAUAGAUGCUCAGUCAGCGUCAGGGGCCCCGAACCCCAAUGUUCCUACUUCCCCCAGGAAGUCUCCACCACCUGCCAAGGAGGAGGCGAGAAGCACGGAGCAAGAGAAAUCCCAGUGACAGGGCGUCUCCCUGACAGGACACCCAGCUUCUC